UUUGGCUAUUUCUUGUAUUACUGAAAGACAAACUAUUACCGUAAACAGAUUUAUGUUUGAUGUUGUCAUAUGAUUUGUUUGUGUAGGUCGUUGGCAAUUCUUCUUCAGAACAAGAAGUGCUUUUGAAGAUGCAAAGUAUAAAGUGAUGCGUGGCAGAAUUUAUCAUUUGCUUGGUCGCACCCUCGGAGUAGCAGGUUAUAUGGUACAGUAUGGCUGCAUAGCUCACUGUACCCUGGAAUUUGUUGGAGAUUUUGUUGUGUGUAAAGGUCCUUCAAUGGAGCCAACAAUCUACUCAGAGGAUGUGAUACUAACAGAACAUAUUAGUCCCCGUUUUAAUCGUAUCAGCCGAGGAGAUGUGAUUAUUGCUCGAUCCCCUAUGAAUCCCCAUCACCAUAUAUGUAAAAGAGUGACGGGACUUGGAGGAGACAAAGUCAAGAAUGGAUUUCGUACGCAGAUUGUUCCAAGAGGACAUGUUUGGCUUGAAGGAGAUAACAAAAUGAACUCGACUGAUUCAAGAACAUUUGGUUCUGUUCCUGCCGGCCUUAUUCGUGGCCGUGCUGUUUGUAGGGUUUGGCCUCUCUCUGACCUAGGAAGAUUGGAUUCUCUUCAAGAAUGGCAAAUUGAUAGGUGAUUUGUUAAGUGAUCAUUUAUUUUUAUAGACAGUUAUAAAGUACAAUGUGCAGAAACAUAUUGUUUCUCUUGUCAUAAUAUGUAUAAGGUUAGAUAAAUUCAGGUACAGGUAAUUUUAUUAGUUAUAGCAAAUCGAUUACCAUAUUUUUGUGUCAAAGACGCAUCCUACUUUUGAGUAAAUAAAUCUUAAAAGAGAUACAGUACCCUUUUCUAUGUGAAUUACAGAAACAGUAUUAAUCAUGUAACCAGUGAUUUAGGAGUUUCUUUUAUCAGAUGCCAAGCUGUGGUGUUAAAAGUUGUGAUUUAAUAAAAAAAUAAACCAACUCUACCAAUACAAGGCUGGAAUGUAGCACUGAAUAUGACCAAAUCAGACAUAGUACAUAUAGAAUUUCCCUAUGGUAGGUAGCUUCUAGUGCCUUCAGCCUAGAAGACAGACAGUAAGUUUUGAAAGCAUUUUUUAAAUUUUUUUUCAUAAAUUGCAUCUUCAAUGCCAAAAAUACGGUAAUGAGUUCCUCAAAAAAUUGGUUUGACCUUAGUUAUAUUGCUUGUGUAGACCAGAAACGUUAUGUAAAUAAAUAAACAUUUUCUUUUGUAUUUAUGUAAAUACUAUUUUGUUAUGUGGAACACUGUAUUCAUUUGUGUACAGUAGUGGGAAUUUUGUAUAAAACAAUGAAUGUUGAUUAUUCUCAGUGAAAGUUGUAGGAAAUAAUUUGCAAGUGUCUUUUGAGAGGCUUAGCUGCUUGUCAUAAUUUUAUCAAGUGAAGAGUGUGUAUACAAUAGUAGCAUAGCUUUUACCAAUGAGUACAUCUACUAGGUAUUUAGUACAGUAAUACAUUUUUGGAAACUUAUAUACAUGAAAGUAAAGCAGAUUUAAUGGAAUGUUCUUACUGUUUGAUAGAAGAUACAGUUCUGAUAGUUACAGUGUGAAUUAGGGAUAUUUUUUAGUUAGUAGAAACACUGAAUUGAAUGUACUGCAUUUUAUUUAAUUGCUUAGGAUGAUGGGUAUUUUAUCACCAUAUUUGCAGCUUGCUUUAUGGUAGUCAAAUUUUGAUGAAUAAAUUUGUAAGCCUUUGAAUAACCUUCUUGAAAACUCCCAAGCAAUGUUUCAUGAAAGUAUGGUAUUUACAGAAUACUCCAAGAAAAGUAAGAAAUAGAAUGAAACAGAAAUAAUAGUGAAUUAAUGUUUUUGAUAAAACUUGUAUUUUCUCAAUUCUAAGUAAUUUUGCACUGUGGUAGGUCAUACAGAAGACAAUGAGGCUGUUUUAGUGCAAGAAAAGCUAUUUGGUUUUAGCAGGAAAGUUACCAAUUGCAAUGAAAAGAUGACCUGAUGGUGAACUGAAUUAUGAUAAUUAAGGAAAAUUUGAAAUGAUAUAAUAAAUUAGUUUGUGUUUUGAUAUAGUAAUUUUUAUCACUUUCAUAUGCCAUAAAAGAAAGAUUAUGACAGAAUUUUACAUUUCUAGGUAUAGUAAUCAGAGGUUUGAAAUAAAGUUAAUUCGAUCCAAUUUUCAGAACUUUAUUUAUCACCAUUCAGAUACAAUUUACAGUUGAUGUGGUGGUCAGAUUGUGAAAGUAUUGUUGUUAUUUGCCUCAUGGAAUUAUAUCAUCUUUGUCUUCUUCCGUCAUUCUUGUGUUUCUGUUUGCUGUACAUAUAUCUAUAAAUUCUGUAAUAAAUUGUUUCACCGCUCUUCUGUUUUGCUAAAUUUCUGUUGUCUGUCAGAUUCAAUUUGAUAUUUUUGUUUGUUUUCAUAUAUCUUUUAGUCUUUAUUGUUUGCAUUAUUUUUAAUUAUUAUAAUUUUGACAUGCUCAUCUAAAAUGGAAGGCUUAUUGGACAUAAAAAUCAUUGAUCUUAGUCACAGAGCUACUUAGGAGUAACUCAAUUUUACAUGUCCAUGUUAUGAUCAUGAGGUGUGCUUUUUUCAUAAAUUGCACGACAUUACUACUGCACAAAGUUCAUAAAAAUCUCGAAUAUGCACUGGAGUUUCUAAAUCAUCUAUGAAUUCUUAUAUUCCAGUUGAAAGUGGCAAAUUACUUGUAACUCUUCAUUGUGAUUACCAGUUAUACAUAGUGAAGUAAAUAUACCAGAAUGUGAUUCACUAACAAAAAGUUUUUAAUCAAAUAAAAAUACAUGUAAUCAUCUGCCAUCAUAUCGUAAGUAGAGCCAGUCUACCGGUUGGGUCAGUGAAUAUAAAAUUAUUUCCUAUGAAAGAACUGUAGUGUAAUUCAUUGUGGGUUAUGCAUGAGGUAAAAUUUUAACACACGUAUUUAAAAUAGCUUUGUAAAAAUAUAUAGUACUUAUACCCAAGAAUAUCAUAAACAACAUCAGACAUAACCUAAAUAGUGCAAAAGUCUUUGCGAGAAAAUUACAUCCACAUCACAACAAAAGUCCAAUUUAACAUUCUUAGCAAAGCUUUUGCCUCCACAACAGAAUUAUGUACCAAAUGAUAAGACAUUGAAAUUAUAAUUAUAUACCAUUUCAAAUACGUAACGGGUGUUUCGAAAUUAGAGACCCCCUCCACAGAACAAAUGGAAAGUUAUGAAGUUUUCUGCGCCAAGUACAUUAUCUUAAGUUUCUAUUAAGCUAUUUUUCAUUUUACAUUUCUUGUAUUUUCAGACUGAGUGACGGAGUUAGAUACAACCAUGGCUAAUGACUCGGAGGAAAUCAGAUGGAUUGACCAAAUCCAGGCUUCAGAGAGGCCAGGGAUGCUAGUGCACCCUUCAUUUCACGUUCCUGGAUAGCUAAAUAUACAUUAAAAGAGAUGAAUCCUUUGUUAAAAGAUACUGGAACAAAAAUCCAUUUGACUGUCUUCACAAAAAGAGUGAGAAUCUUGGAAGGCCUGAAGUCCUUUCUCAGGAGUCAGAAGACAUCAUAGCUGAGGCAGUGGGUAGACCGAGAAAGUCUUUACCUAAAUUGGCGCUUGAACUAGAA